AUGUCGACAGGUCAAACUGAAAGUACCACCACCAAUUCAUAUUUCUCCAACCACGAUUUAGAAGCUCAAAUAUCACAUUUGAGCAGUGAUUCUGGACAUCUCGUGUAUUCGGUUACAACAUCUGGUUCAGAAAACGAAUACAUCCAUUUGGACGAUAAGAAGUUCUUGAAAUCUGAUAUGCUGAAAGCAUUUGGCGAUUCUUUAACUCCAUCUCAUUCUCAGAGAACAUCACAUAGAAAAUUUGGUGAUCCUGGCCCAAUAGGGAUGUGCGCCUUUGCCCUGACAACUUUUGUAAUUUCUUUGAUUAAUGUAGAGGCAAAAGGUGUAACAACACCCAAUGUGAUUGUUGGAUUAGCAUUCUUUUAUGGCGGCAUGACACAGCUGUUGGCUGGAAUGUGGGAACUUGCAUCUGGUAACACUUUUGGUGCCGUUUCGUUGACAUCUUAUGGUGCUUAUUGGCUCAGUUUUGGUGCAAUAUACGUUGAUUUCUUUGGAAUAGUGAGUGCCUAUGGUGACAAUCAAGAUGAGUUGAACAAUGCACUUGGAUUUUAUCUCAUAGGUUGGGCCAUCUUCACUUUGGGGUUGACUUUGCUUACUAAAAAGUGCACCAUUCCUUUCUUUGGAACCUUUUUCACUUUGGAGAUCACGUUUUGGCUAUUGGCUGCGGGUAAGCUGGGUCCAAGCACAAAUUGUACCAAGGCUGGUGGUUAUAUGGGAAUAAUCUGUGCAUUGUUUGCCUGGUACUGUGCUUUUGCUGAUUUGGCAACGGAAGAUAAUUCAUAUAUCCAGGUAAGAUUCAUUCAACUUGCAAUAUUGGAUCUUUUCAAGAAGAAGAAGAAGUGA